CAGUUGCGUCUGGUGUGUUUACGGAAAAUGUUGUGUUCGCUGGCUGGGUGGGAGUUUUGCCGAAAUAAACUAGUAGCGUGCUUGUAAUUAAUAUUAUUAAUGUGGCUGACUUGACUCUCGUCAUCACAGUGUUCAAUACGAAAAUAACCUGUUGGGCGGAUAAAGGAAAAAAAGUGUAUUUUUCAAGCAAAAAAAUAUGAAAAAAAUCAAUUGAAAACAAAAGUUUGUGUUUAAUUUCUAAAUUUUCAUUAAAUCUAACAGCUUAACUAUUAUUUUAUACGAUAGUUUUGUGAAAAAGAAAAGCCAGAAAAUCUACAUAUCAAAGUUUUCCGUCGAAAUUCCAUUACACAAUUUUAAUUAUACAAAGAAAAAAACAACAAAAUAAAAAAGAAGAAAAAAAACAUAUGAGUUAAAAAUUCGGUCACAUAAAUGCUACGUAUCGUAUCGAGAGUUGUUUGUUGUGUUCAUUAAGUUCUUUAAGAAUUUAAAACAGUAUGGAUAGUUCGCAGAAGCCACAAAAAGAAAAUCCGCGCAGAUAUGCCAACAUAUUGUCACAAUUAAUUUUUGGUUGGUCCAUACCUUUGCUGUACAAGGGCUCACGCAAGGGUCUCAACACAGAUGAUCUAACAAAAUGUUUGCCAGAAGAUUGUUCCGAAGAACUGGGCGAUGAAUUGGAAAGACACUGGUAUAAAGAAGUGGAAACUGCUCGUUCCAAAAAUCGUCAACCCCUGUUGCGUAAUGCUAUUCUUAAGACAUUCUGGCGUUCAGCUAUUGUCGAUGGUUUAAUUAGUCUUAUUUAUAUUGUCAUCAAAUCUCUUAUACCCGCUGUAUUGGCUCAAUUAUUGCUGCAAUUUCAAAAGCCUACAAAUAGUAUAAACAACACAUUCGAUACCCAGUUGCCUUACGAUAAUUUAACCCAUCGCAGUACUCGUUCCAUUGAUGUCAAUUCGAAUAAUAACAACAACAAUGAGGCCAACAGUUUAAAUGCAUUGGAUGUUAAUGAAAAAUUACCUAACAAUGAUAUCGCCAGUACUCUGGGCACUGUUAGUAACCAGACAUUUACUGAGGGCUUUACAGAUGAAAUACAAACAAUGUGGGAUGAUGUUAACUCUUUGGGAGCUAUACUGGUGCUAUCCACGCUGCUGGGAUGUUUUCUAAUACAUCAUGUGGAUUUAAGGCAAAGAUUGAUGGGUGCACGCAUGCGUAUAGCCUGCUGCUCUUUAAUAUAUCGCAAGACAAUCAGCCUGUCCAUGAAAGCUGCUGGUCAGACUCCGGCUGGUUAUCUUAUCAAUUUGUUGUCCAACGAUGUCAAUCGUUUAGACUAUGGUUUCAUUUUUGUGCACUGGAUAUGGAUAAUGCCGCUACAGGCAGUACUUAUUUGUUACUUAAUCUCAACUAAAGUUGGUUUGGCCGCUGUGGUGGGUGUAGUGGGUUUACUGCUGAAAACUAUACCCGUCCAGACGGGUCUCAGUAAAUUGGCCUCUAAAUUGCGCAUGAAAAUAGCCGAAAGAACCGAUGCCAGAGUUGGCAUAAUGAAUGAAUUGGUGCAAGGUAUACAGGUGAUUAAAAUGUAUGCCUGGGAGAAACCUUUUCAGAAUGUGGUCAAAGAGGCUAGACGCAAAGAAAUCAAACAGAUUCGUUACGCAUCCUAUUUGCGUGGUUUCUAUUUGAGUACCAUGGUUUUUACCGAACGUUCCACGCUGUAUAUUACAAUAGCUGCUGCUGUUCUUAUGGGAAAAAUAAUCUCCGCCGAUAUAGUGUUUUCCAUGGCGGGUUAUUACAAUAUCCUGCAAUUGGUGGCAGCCAUUUGGUAUCCAUUGGCCGUGUCGUUUGGUGCCGAAGCUUUGGUGUCGCUGAAGCGUAUACAAACGUAUCUGCAGCAGGAAGGCUGUGACGAUAAACCUGCCGGUGUUACUUACAAGAACAAUAAUGAGGGUGAAAAAGAAGCCGUGGUACUUAAACAGGUGGGCGCAAAUUGGGAUGCUACGAAGCCAAACAAAACUUUAGAGGAUAUUAAUUUGGUAAUACCGAAAGGACAAUUGUGUGCGGUUAUAGGGCCAGUAGGAGCGGGAAAGAGCUCCAUUAUACAACUAAUUUUAGGAGAACUACCCAUAACAGAGGGUGAGGUGGUGGUUCAGGGAGAUUUAUCUUAUGCUGCCCAGGAACCCUGGCUUUUUACGGGUACUGUGCGCAAUAAUAUAUUAUUUGGCGAGACCUAUGAACGCAAACGUUACCGAGAUGUUACUAAAUGUUGUGCCUUAUCUACGGAUUUCGAGCAAUUACAAAAUGGCGAUAAAACCAUAGUGGGCGAAAGAGGUGCUUCUUUGUCGGGUGGCCAAAGAGCUCGCAUCAGUCUGGCGCGUGCCAUUUAUAAACCAGCCUCUGUUUAUCUAUUAGAUGAUCCCUUAAGUGCGGUAGAUGCUCAUGUGGGUCGCCAUUUAUUUGAUGAGGUUAUAGGUCCCAAGGGACGUUUGGCCGGUGAAAAGGCCACCCGUAUUUUGGUAACCCAUCAAAUUCACUUUCUAACCGAGGCCGAUUGGAUUGUUAUUAUGGAGAAUGGUAAAAUUUCACGGCAGGGUACUUAUAACGAUUUGAUUUCUAGUGAAUUGGAUUUUGCCAAGUUACUGGAACGUCCCAAACUUACCAAGGGAGACAGUAGUUCCGCAUCAGAAGAUCAAAUGGUGUAUGAGGAAGAUGAUGAUAUACCAUUUAUGGAUGGGCAAUAUGAUGCUGGCUAUCAACCCAUUCGUAGAUCAAGUACUAGUGGCUCCUUCUCAAGGAAAUCUGAAAGUUUAGAACGUGAAGUGAUUGAUUGCAAAGAAGCGGCUGAAGAACAGGCCGAGGGUGGUGUUAGUGGCCGUGUUUGGUGGGAAUAUUUUCGUGCUGGCAGUUCUUUAAUGGGCUUUAGUUUUAUGGUUUUUGUAAUGCUGAUGUCUCAGGUUGUUUGCAGUGGUUCAGAUUAUUUUGUUAAUAUAUGGACGCAGCAGGAAUAUUUGCGUUCAACGAAUCAGACCACUAUUUUAACGACCUAUGAGUGCCUUUACAUCUAUGGAGCUUUAAUAGUUGGUGUAGUAAUUAUGACUACUUUCCGUGGCUUUUUAUUCUUUAAAAUCUGCAUGCAUGCCUCAAAAGUGCUGCAUGAUCGCAUGUUCUGCUCCAUACUCAAUGCCACAAUGCGUUUCUUUGAUCAAAAUCCCUCGGGUCGUAUAUUGAAUCGUUUCUCAAAAGAUAUGGGUGCCAUAGAUGAAUUUUUACCCAAAGCCAUGAUGGAUUUCAUACAAAUUGCAUUAGUUAUGUUUGGUAUUCUAAUUGUUAUAUGCAUUGUAAAUCCCAUCUUAUUGCUGGCCAUACUGGUGGUGGCCAUUAUAGAUAUGUUGAUAUUAAAGGUAUAUUUAAGGCCAUCGCAAGAUCUUAAGCGUUUAGAAGGCAUAUGCCGUAGUCCGGUUUUCUCUCAUUUAUCGGCCACACUUUCGGGUAUAGCCACCAUUAGAUCUCGUAGUUUACAGGAUACUGUAGCCAAAGAGUUUGAUAAUCUACAAGAUGUACACAGCAGUGUUUGGCAAUUGACCAUGGCUUCGAAUACCGCCUUGGGUUUAUGGUUGGAUUGUGUUAGCUGUUGUUUUCUAACCUCGGUAACCUUUAGUUUUAUACUGUUAAGUGGACAAACCUAUAGCGGUAAUAUGGGUUUGGCUAUAUCUCAGGCCAUGAUUCUCACCGGCAUGGUGCAGUAUGGCGUUAGACAAGUGGCUGAAUCUCUGCAACAAAUGACCAGCGUGGAGCGUGUCUUGCAAUACACCGAUCUUGAACAGGAAAACAGUGUAACAAAACUACCACCUUCGAAUUGGCCAACACAUGGUCUUAUCGAAUUUCGCCACAUGUAUUGUCGCUAUGAUCCCAAUGGCGAGCCCGUGCUUAAGGAUCUAAACAUUGUUAUACAACCCGCCUGGAAGGUGGGCAUUGUGGGUCGUACUGGGGCUGGCAAAUCCUCUUUAAUUGGAGUCCUCUUUCGUUUGGCUUAUAUAGAGGGUGGCAUUGUCAUAGACGGCAUAGACACUGGUGAUAUUACUUUAGAGUCAUUGCGCUCGAAAAUUUCAAUUAUACCUCAAGAUCCUGUUCUGUUUUCGGCCACGAUACGCUACAAUUUGGAUCCUUUUGAGAAAUAUUCGGAUGCGGAUAUAUGGAAAGCUUUAGAAGAUGUUGAAUUAAAAACAGCUAUACCUGGUUUGGAUUUCUUGGUUACUGAACGUGGCAGCAACUUUAGUGUGGGCCAACGUCAGCUUAUCUGUUUGGCCAGAGCUGUUUUGCGUAAUAAUAAAAUUUUAGUUUUAGACGAAGCUACUGCCAAUGUGGAUCCACAAACUGACGCCCUUAUACAACGAGCUAUACGCGUUAAAUUCAAACACUGCACUGUACUUACAGUAGCACAUCGUUUACAGACCGUCAUGGAUUCUGAUCGUAUGCUGGUGAUGGAUAAUGGCUGUGCCCGGGAAUUUGAUGUGCCUCAUUUACUAUUAAAAAAUCCCAGUGGAGCUUUAAGACAAAUGGUUGAAGCUACAGGCAAUGAGGCGGAGAAUCUUAAAAAAAUGGCCAGUAAUGCUUACAAUAAAAGUACUUAGUAAUUAAAGUACUUUUUUCUUUCUUUCAAAAAAAUAAAAAAAGAAAAACAGAAGCAUUUAUACUCCAAAGAUAAUAAAUAAAGAGCUUCUUCGUAUAUCUAUAGUUAUUUGGCGAAUUUAUAAAUUAAAACAUUUAAUUUAAAACUGGUACUUAGUGUAAAUCAUUUUAUAUCCUUUAAAUGAUAAUAGUUCAAACAAACAAAACAAAUAUUUUUAUAACAAUCAUCAAAAUCAAAGAAAUUUUUGUAUAUGUAUAUUUUUAUAACAUCAUUUUAUCAAAUAUUCUUAUAAACAUUUUCAACAAUUUAAUUUUAAUAUUAUGUUAAUUAAUAUGGUUUGUAAUUGUGUUCUAGUAUUUUCUUUUUGUUGUUUAAAAUAAGUGCAAAACCUAAGGGAAUGUAUAAUUUAUGUUAUAAGUUUAUAAUUUGUAUGUUAUUACUAAUUAAAGAAAUUUUUAAACAAAAAAAUAAACUCAUGCAAUCAGUUAUGAUGAUUAUAUUUAACCAUCAUUUGAAACAAAUAUCAACAAAUAAAUAUUUUAAAAGAAA